AUGAGAGUCAGUACUAGAGCAGAAGUUUGAAGAAGACCAGAACGAAGAAAAAAACAGAAAAAUACAGAAAUUGAAAGCCUUAUAUGCAAGUAAUUUCUAAUUUAAAUGGACAAAAAUUUUAGAGGCUUAAAAUUUUCGUGGCUCAUAAGUUAUGUGGUCGCAAUUUUCACGCGACGUAUUUUUGCGGAUCAAAUUUUUCGUCCUACCAUCAAUUUUGAAGAGUUGACUUGAGAAAAAAUUUAUCUUUCAUUUUCUUUCUGUAUUUCUAGAUACGCAUGUCUGCUUGAGCUUUUACAACACUUUUUCAAAAAACCAAAAAAAAAGGUCAAAAAUGAGAAAUUCCAAAUUUUUCCGAGCUCGUUCAGCGCUACUGGCGUUCUGCGCGAGGGUGUAUUCGAGGGACGGAGGACAGCAUUCGCUUACGACCACAUCACGUUGAAAACACGCCAUCCCGUCCGAUCUGGCAAGUUAAGCAACGUUGAGAGCUGGUAGUACUUGGAUCGGAGACGGCUUGCCGUAAGCUUUUUUGCUUUUUAGUUCUUAAUGUUUUUUUUUUUGCACCAGCCUUCUUAUCGUCUUUUGAGUAAUUGACUUUUUUGAAGUCAAUCAUUUUUAUGAAGAACAGGCACAGAACCUGAGUUUAUUGUUACAAAUUUAUUUUCGAAAAUAUUCACUGAUUUGACUUCUCAUAAAAAUAUCGAUUACGCAACUUUUAUUACGUCACGCCGAUUCAACACUGAUUCACCUUUUUCAGGCUUAUCAGCUCGAAUUUUCGCGCUUAUCAAACAAUGGCACGAUCCCUGACUCCUCUAUUCUCUUUUCGGGAACAGAGUUGCUUAAAAGUCGACUUUUCGUCUUCGUAGUCCUUUUUUAUCAUUAUUAGAAAACUAUAUCGAUUCAAAAUCUAUUUACUUUUGAUGAAAAAGUGAACUUUAGGUAAAUUAACAAGCAUGUCAGGGCCGCCACCAGCUUAUACAACUCAAACUGUGAGUUUUUUUAUUCUUCUCUAGUUUUUAUGUUUUUUUUUAAACAAAAGACGUCUUUAUGUAUUUGUUAAUGCUUAUAGGCUCAGAAAUUUCUCGAAUUUCCCUUUUCUUGUACCAUUUCUAACUUCUUCAAAUCUCAGGUAUACAACGCUUAUGGACAACCAGUUUAUACAGUUCAGCCAGGCGCAUCUUAUCCAGCUCAGCCAGUUUAUUAUCAGCAAGCCGUUUAUCCACAGACUGUUUAUGUGUAAGGAUUGAAUUUAAUACAAGCUUUGAAGCGGAAAUUUUGAUGAUACACUUUGAAAAUAAGUAGUAGCAACCAUGAUUAAGUUUCAAAAUCUUUAUAUAAUUAAAUAAACGAUUGAGAAGGAUAAGCUAGGUAAAAAAAAAGAUGAAAUUAUAUUUAUAUUUUUUCCAACAACAUUUUAAAAAGUUUGGAUUUUAAACGGCGAAAUUUUUUUGAACUGUCGAGAACAGACUUUUUGUGCUAAUUUCACAAGAAAACCACCCAAAUCACAUAGCUCAUUCACCACAGGCUUGCGGCAUUAUUUGAAAAAGACUAAAAAUCAGCGAAUUUUUCACGCAAAAAGUUGAUUCCCUUACAGUGCUCCUAUCUGCUAACGACUUUUUUUGUAAUUUUUUUAAAUGUUUGAGAGAAAAAGGCCUAUUUUAAAAAAAUUAUCUAAGUUAAGGACCGGUUAUAGAUCAUUUGAAGCACUUGAAAAUGCCAACAACAAUUUAGAAAAAUGGAUAUUGCCUGUCCCCCAAAAAUAUUUUUUUCAAGAGUUGAAACAAAUCGUCAUGGUUAUUUUUUCUUAGUAGUUUUUCCCAUAGAUGAGAUUUCUAUGAAUAGUUAUGACUAAAUUUACAGAGAAGAAGACUGCCACACUCAUCAUCGACACCAUCAUGGAGGCGGCGGCGGUGGUGGCGGAGAUGCCGCCAACGCUUGUUGUUUAGCCGCUCUUUUGACAUGCUUGUGUUUCUGUUGCAUGGGUGCUUGUAAAAGAUAA